AUGGUAAAAAGCAGUAGUCAUCGUAAAAGAUCUCGUUCGAGAUCGAGGAGUGUAAGCGUUGAAAAAAAAAGAAGUAGGAGAUCGAGGAGUAGGGAAAAAACAAAAUCCCGGCAUAAAAGGAGUCGUUCCAGAGAUAGAAUUAAAGAUGGUGAUAGGGAUAGAUAUAGGCGGUCAAAAAGCAGAAGUAAAGAAAGAUCGAGGGAUCACGAACGUAAAAGCUUUCAAGAAUUCGUUUGUGUUGAUUUUAGAGGGAGCAGUAGAGAAAAAAAACAUUCUAAAAGUCAUGGGAAGUCAUUGAGAAAAGACAGAUCGCGAUCUAAAUCUAAAGAUUACAUUCCCAAAAAAGAAGAAAAAGAAGAUUCUGUGUUUGAUGCUACCAAUUUAGAUAAGGAAGAAGAACAAAAAAGAUUAGAACAAGAAAUGCAAAAAAGAAGGGAAAGAAUCGAAAGGUGGAGAGCUGAAAGGAAAAAAAAAGAAUUGGAAGCAACGAAAAAAGAUUUAAAAGGGACAAUAGCUAACAUUCAAAUCCCUCAAAAAAAAUGGAAUCUGGAAGAUGAUAGCGAUGAAGAAGAAGAAGAUAAAAAGGAAGCAGGAGAAAAUAACGAUGAAGAAUUGGAUCCUUUAGAUGCAUUCAUGCAAACCGUCGAGGAAGAAGUUCGUCACGUCAACAAAUUGGAAAUUAAAAAACCAGGGAAACAGGGUGAACAAGGAAAUGCACCGGGAUUGGUAAUUUUAACCGGGGUAGCGAAAAAAAAAGUCGAAAAGAAAAAGGGUGAAUUGAUUGAACAAAAUCAAGAUGGUUUGGAAUAUUCGUCGGAAGAAGAAAUGGAAGAUUUGAAAUUGACUGCUGACGGUAUUGCCAACAGGCAAAAAAAAGAUUUGGCUAAAGUGGAUCAUUCGACGAUAAAUUAUUUACCAUUUAGAAAAAAUUUUUAUAUCGAAGUACCGGAAAUUGCUAAAAUGACUAACGAAGAAGUUGAAAAAUAUAGGGAGGAUUUGGAAGGGAUCAGAGUCAAAGGAAAAGGUUGUCCGAAACCAAUAAAAGAAUGGGCUCAGUGUGGAGUCAGCAAAAAAGUUUUAGAAAUUUUAAAAAAAAAUGGUUUCGAAAAGCCAACACCCAUUCAAACCCAAGCCAUUCCGGCUAUUAUGUCUGGAAGAGAUCUCAUCGGUAUAGCAAAAACGGGAAGUGGUAAAACUUUGGCUUUUCUUCUUCCCAUGUUUCGUCACAUAUUAGAUCAGCCUCCGUUAGAGGAAACCGAUGGGCCUAUUGCUAUCAUAAUGACGCCUACCCGAGAACUAUGUAUGCAAAUAGGUAAAGAUUGCAAAAAAUUUUCAAAAUCCGUUUCUCUCAAGGUUGUCUGCGUUUACGGUGGCACGGGAAUAUCGGAGCAAAUUGCAGAAUUGAAACGAGGGGCUGAUAUUGUUGUUUGCACGCCUGGAAGAAUGAUCGAUAUGCUUGCCGCAAACAGUGGUCGCGUCACCAAUUUGCUCAGAGUCACGUAUAUCGUAUUGGAUGAAGCCGAUAGAAUGUUCGAUAUGGGAUUCGAACCCCAGGUCAUGCGUAUAAUCGACAACGUACGUCCCGACCGUCAAACCGUAAUGUUCAGUGCUACGUUUCCCAGGCAAAUGGAAGCUUUAGCCCGAAGAAUUUUGACGAAACCCAUAGAAGUUCAAGUUGGUGGGAGAAGCGUGGUGUGUAAAGACGUGGAACAACACGUGGUCGUUUUGGACGAGGAUAAAAAGUUUUUAAAAUUGUUAGAACUAUUGGGUAUAUAUCAAAAUCAAGGUAGUGUGAUAGUUUUCGUUGACAAACAAGAAAGUGCGGAUGAUCUACUUAAAGAACUUAUGAAAGCUUCUUACCCGAGCAUGUCAUUACACGGUGGAAUCGAUCAGUUCGAUAGAGAUAGUACGAUAAUCGAUUUUAAAUCCGGUAAAGUGAAACUUUUAAUAGCAACUUCCGUUGCGGCGAGAGGACUCGAUGUGAAGCAAUUGAUUCUGGUCGUUAACUACGAUUGUCCCAAUCAUUACGAAGAUUACGUUCACAGAUGUGGCAGGACGGGUAGAGCGGGUAAUAAAGGAGUCGCUUACACUUUCAUAACACCCGAACAAGAACGUUACGCGGGUGAAAUUAUUCGAGCUCUCGAACUGUCAUCCGUCGCCGUUCCCGAAUCGUUAAGGAAUUUAUGGGAUCGAUACAAGGCGAAAUUAGCUGCGGAGGGGAAAAAAGUUCACACCGGCGGAGGAUUCAGCGGAAAGGGAUUCAAAUUCGACGAAUCCGAAGCCAUGAUGGCAAACGAAAAGAAGAAAUUUCAAAAAGCGGCACUGGGUCUUCAAGAUUCUGACGAUGAGGAUUUGGAACAGGAUAUCGAUCAGCAAAUAGAAAAUAUGUUGGCUCCUAAGCGAAUAGUGAAAGAAAUAAAAGCACCCAUAGGAACGAUCAAUCCUCUAGGUCCAACUCCCGGAGUUCCCAAUCACACGCCUUCAACGACAGACAAACUCGAAUUGGCCAAAAUGAGAGCAUCGAAAAUAAACAUGGCUAAAAAUCUGGGUCCGGAUGCCAAGGGAGCGACUCAACAAGCGGCGGAAGCCAUUUUGAAAGGAGCAGGAUCCCAACCAUUAAUCACGCCGAAAACCGUAGCAGAACAAUUAGCUGCCAAACUUAAUACAAAAUUAAAUUAUCAACCGAGAGAAGACGAUGAUAAAAUGGACGAAGAACAAGUUGAAACGUUUAGAAAAUACGAAGAAGAAUUGGAAAUAAACGAUUUUCCACAACAGGCAAGAUGGCGAGUCACGUCAAAGGAAGCUUUGGCUCAAAUCAGCGAAUAUUCAGAAGCGGGUAUCACGGUGAGGGGUACAUUUUAUCCACCGGGUAAAAAAGUCGAACCCGAUGGAGAAAGAAAAUUAUAUCUGGCGAUAGAAAGUACAAACGAAUUAGCCGUGUCAAAGGCCAAAGUUGAAAUCACGAGGUUAAUAAAGGAGGAAUUAUUAAAAUUACAAACUUCGCCUCAUCACAUUCUAAACAAAGCUCGAUAUAAAGUAGUUUAA